AAAUGAAUACGGUGUUGGCAAUUCUGGCAGUUAUACCAACGAUAGCCGAGUGUGCACGGUUGAACUAUGGAAACAAUUAUGCAGGGACGCAGGUUCAGGACUGUUCCACGAAAGUAACGUAUAUAGUGACCACCAUGCCUGUCACGCGCACCGUCACGGCGACCGCUUUGAAUUCCGUGACAGAGACCAAGUCCGUGACGCGAACUGCUCUCUUGACACGAACGGCCCUCGUGACGCGAACGGCCCUCGUGACAGUCAAGCAGCUCGUGACGCAAACGGCCCUCGUGACGAUGAGACAGAGCGUCACCGUCACCGACACCGUCACCAGAACAGAGACGUCGAGGAUCCAGCAGAUCGUCACGUCGACGGUCUUGAGGCAACAGUUUCUGACCGUCGCGAAGCCUUGCCUUUCUCUCGGUAUUCCGAGCUAUGGCCCAAAGCUUUGGUAACUUGAGAGAUCGACAAACCUCCUGAUCGUGCACAUAUCUUCGGUAUAUA